CCCCCCCCCCACUAUUCUUGUUUCCUCCAUCCCGGGAUCAUCAUCGCUUACCUUCAUCACUAAGCUUUCUCUCUCUUCUCUCUCUCUCUCUCUACAAUGCUCGCCGCUCAUCUGUGCGCCCGCGCGAUCCCCGGCUCCGGCGCGGCGGAGCAGCCGCGCGCCACCCGGUUGAUCGCGACUGCGUGCGCCUCCUCUCCCCUCCGCGCGUCGGUCCGGCCGUGCGGGGGGCGGCGGAGGCGGUGCCGCGGCGCCAAAUCCACCACCCCCAUUUCGUGCACGUCGUCCCGCGGCGGCGGAUCGAGCGGCGCCGCCGACGAGGGCGGCGGCGGCGGCGACUAUCUCCAGGCCUCUCUCCUCCUCGCAGAAACCGUUUCUCACUACCGUAUGCGGAGGAGAGGAUAUCAAGUAGAUGUGAACAGUCAGUUAUCGAGGCAAUUGCAUCCAUUUGCAAUCAAAGCAAGGGGUCCUAGUAUAGAUCAAGGAUUCCUUCACCGGUUUCAGAGUCCUACAAUUUUUCUUAAGAUUGUUUGUGAUGGAGAUUUCCUGCUACCCAUUGUUGUAGGAGAGUAUGCGAUUGAAAAACUAAUUGAUGCCCUUCACAGCGGUGAAGAUGGGGAUUGUGCAGAUCAAUAUGAUUUUGUGAAGGAUCUUACAGACAAAGUUGGUUUUGAAAUAAAGAUGGUAAGGAUCACACAAAGAGUGGCAAACACCUACUUUGCCAGAUUGUGUUUCAGUAAGUCAGGGAAAGAUGAUGUCCUAAGUGUAGAUGUUCGUCCAUCAGAUGCCAUAAAUGUGGCUUAUAGGUGUAAGGUGCCAAUAUAUGUAAAUAAGCAAAUUGUCCUCAGAGAUGCUAUCGGUUUUGGUUAUAGAACAGAUAGAACGCGUGACAGAAAACCAGUCUAUGACGUUUUACUUGACAGUGCUUCAGACGGUCCAGAUGCGCUGGCUGAAGAACUUGAUUUAGUCAAAAACAUGAAUCUAGCUAUCAAAGAGGAACGAUACAAUGAUGCAGCCUUGUGGAGAGAUAAACUAAUGAAGCUUCGUAAAUCAAAGACGUAACAAUUAGGCAGAUCCAAAGGAUUCUCUUGUACAAAAGAAAGUAUCUACCGUUGCCGAGUGCUUGGUGGUGAUGGUGGCAUGUUCCCAGACUUCACUCGGUUUAACUCCAAAAAUUGACUGGUAAAAACGUAUAAGGGACCAAAUGCAGGUCAAGGGGCAGUUAAAGUUAGUUUCUGAGUUCUAAAAAAAUUGAGGCAACUCUGAAAUGUACAGCUUUGCGUUAGAUGAGUGCUGCCUCUAAGUUGACUCCGCGAUCAUGGAUGCCUGCCUCCUUGUAUAUUACAGAGCGCCAUUAUUACUUGAAAGUACCGAUUGUACUCAAUUGCAUAGUUAAACAUGUAUCGUCACAAAGUACGGCCGAUAUGUUGUACCACAUAUCAGUUGAAUGCUAAUGUCUGUGUACACAUGUACACGUGCUCAUUAUUUAUUGAAAUGUUGGAUGUGUUGAA